AUGGAGAGAACCUUUCCUCCAGGUGCAGGUGCAGCAGCGGCGGCCUCGCCGCUCACGGCAUCCAAGAACGGCGCCACCGCGAGCGGCGGCGGCGGCAUCCCGUGGCUGCUCAGGAAGCGCGGCGCCAGCAGCAAGGCGCCACACGGCGGGCCGCUCGCCGCGCAGGAAGAACGUCCGGACAACGUCGACGAUGAGGUGGAGCUGGAGGAGGGCGCCGGCUUCGCCGUCUCCACUCCAUCCGCCGCCGGAGGAAUGACCCCCGAGCCGGCGAGGAAGCGCCGGGAGGCGGCGCUGGCGCGGCUCCGGUCGGCGGUGCUGGCCGUGGUGGCGCGCGCGCGGCGCCGGCGCGGGCGCAGGCCGAUGGGGUCGAGCGUCACCGGCACCAUCUUCGGCCGGCGCCGCGGCCGCGUGCACCUCGCCCUGCAGACGGACCCGCGCGCGCCGCCCGCGCUCAUGGUGGAGCUCGGCGCCUACUCCACCGGCGCGCUCGUCCGGGAGAUGUCCUCCGGCCUCGUCCGCAUCGCCCUCGAGUGCGAGAAGAAAACGCCUCCACACACAGGCGGCGAGCGGCGGCGGACGGCGCUGGUGGAGGAGCCGACGUGGCGGGCGUACUGCAACGGGCGCAAGUGCGGCUACGCGGCGCGGCGGGAGUGCGGCGCCGAGGAGUGGCGGGUGCUGCGGGCCGUCGAGAACGUCUCCGUCGGCGCGGGCGUCGUCCCGGACGGCGGCGCCGGCGAGGGGGACCUCAUGUACAUGAGGGCCAGGUUCGAGAGGGUGGUGGGAUCCAGGGACUCGGAGGCAUUCUACAUGAUAAACCCCGACGGCAACGGAGGGCCCGAGCUCAGCAUCUAUCUCCUCAGAGUCUAAUUACCACAGGGUCGAUCAUGCUGCUCUAUGCAUGCAUCAUGCAUGGAUUGUUGGUUUU